AUGGAGCAGAAUGGUCAUAUGCACAAGAGUAAGAGGUUGAAGGGCAAGGUUGCGAUUGUAACCGGUGGCUCAAGGGGAAUCGGCGCCGCGACGGCCAAACUAUUUGCCCAAUCCGGUGCCCAUGUUAUAAUUGCUGAUAUCUUAGAUGAACUGGGCAUGGGGGUUGCCGACUCAAUAGGAGGCCAAUACAUACACUGUGAUGUCACGUCGGAAUCCGACGUCGAAUCGGCCGUCCAGCUUGCCGUGGCCUGGAAAGGCCGACUAGACAUCAUGGUCAACAAUGCCGGCAUCACAGGCGCGGAUGGGAGCAUUGUGAAGCUUGACAUGGACAAACUGAAGGAAGUAGUGUCAGUGAACAUCAACGGCAUGGUACACGGCAUCAAGCACGCAGCACGGGCCAUGAUCAAGGCCAGACGGGGAUGCAUUAUCUGCAUUUCUAGCUCGGCAGCUCUCAUGGGCGGACUGGCUUCCCAUGGCUACAGCUUGUCAAAGGAAGCAAUUCUUGGGUUAGCCAGAAGCACUGCCUGUGAACUGGGGGCAUAUGGGAUACGUGUGAACUGCAUCUCGCCGCAUGGGGUGCCGUCGGAGAUGCUGGUAGAUGGAUUCCGGAGGGUGCUUGGGAAGGUGGAUAUUGGGGCGGAGGAAGUAGGGAAGGUGAUCGGUGAGAGGGGGAGUCUACUACUUGGGAGGAGUGGGAGCACUGAAGACAUUGCACAGGCCGCACUGUUUCUGGCAAGUGAUGAUGCUGGAUAUAUAACUGGUCAUAAUCUUGUUGUGGAUGGAGGUUUCACAUCUGGUUAUAGCUUCAUGAGCUUCUUAUACAACUAA